AUGCAUAAGGGCUACUGUUCAAAUACAGAAGUUUAUACGAAACAUAAAAACUCAGAAGAUGUGAGAAAAAAAGUUUUGAGGUCGAGAAGAUCAUCUUUUUUUUCCUUCUUCAAUGACUCGUCAAACUCGAAUGGGAACGAACUCAUAGGUUUUAGACGAUUUGCGAAGGCUUAUUUGUUUGGAGACGAGACAGGUGCAUGUGGAACUGCUUCUUAUACACCUGUAAAGGCAAAUAUGAAUAAAAGACGUGCAAAGAAAGAGGAUAAAAAUGAUCAACAACUUUGGAAAAGACAGCACCAUUCACAAGGUUGCCUAUUUUUCAUGGACGAUGACAGUAAUGGAAAAAAAGAAACAGCAGUAACGGAUCCCUAUGAUAAUUGCAAAUACAUUGAUAAUAAUUUGGUUUUAAGAGGAGAACAAUAUCCAGAAGAAACAAAGUUUCUUGAUGAGAAAAUAACAGGAUCUCAAAAUCAAGCCCUUCUCAAAACAAGAUCAAUUUCAAUAAACGACAUACCACGUGGCACAGGAAUCGCUAGUGUACUGUCUCAGGUGCGUGGAGGCUCGCUGGAAAGAAUUGUAGUUUACAGGUACGACACUCCGGAACGUUCUCUACACAAAGUUGACCUGUUUUUCCUAAACUGUGAUGGGGCCCAGUCAUUUAUGAGAUACGCGACGACAAAUAUUUUUAAAGUCAAUGGGGUUCACCUAAAACCAGAGUGGAUCUUCCUUGAAAGCACAUAUGAAAAUAUUAUGAAAGAGCAAUCCGUAAACAGAAUACUCGAAGAGGGAAAACUCAUAUCAAGGUGCUUGAUCGUAAAAAAAAGCCUGACAAAAACGGUACUUAAGAAAACAAACCAAGACAAAGCACAAAACUUAGAAAACAUUGAUAUUCAGGAACUGGAAAAGGACUUUCGAAAUUUUGGGGAGGUUUUAGAGAUUACACCCAUUGUAUCAAGAAAGUUAUGCGUUUCUAUAUUCUUUUAUGAUAUCUCCAGUGCCAUGAGAGCCAUGGAAGAAUACGGACAGAAAGGCUCAUAUAUUAAUACUAAAUACUUCAAGGCGUGGACAAUAUGGUAUGGGAAAGAUAUCACAGACCAGCCUUGUAUUGACCUGUAA